UAAUUCAUGUUGUUAGUAACACACUGAUUUCUUUUUGCACCAGUGCAGCUUCACACAGUUUCAUAAAAUUGUCUGCUAAAUUACAGGACAUGAUUUCCCAACCCAAUCAGUUUCCCAAGUCCCAGCAAAGGCUGUUUUCAACUUUACAAAUUUAACAGUGGAAUCACAGACUUUUUGAUGAAACACAAUGAAACACGUUGAAAGUAGCUGGUCUUCCACAGAGAUGGGGGUCCGGCACUUGAUCUACUGCCUCCUGCUACUGAGACAAACACACACAGUGUUUACAGGCAAGGCAGAGAGUCAGAUUUCAGCGUCUGUCCAGCGCUCAGCCGACAGGUUAACAGUCUCCUGCUCCCUGCUGGGGACCGGGACCGUCACCCAGGUCAACUGGAUGAUGAACAGAGGAACCCACAGCAUCAGACUGGGCACUUACAGUCCCCAGUACGGAGUGUACAUCUACCCCCAGUUCAACGACAGUGUGGUGAUAGAGGGUGAUGCCGCAGAGCGCAGUUCUCAGGUCCACCUGGUGGAGAGCGAUGUGGAGGAGGAGGGGGACGGGGAGGUGUGCUGUGUCUUCAACGUGUUUCCCUCAGGAGUGCUGGAGACUUGUACUGUCACCACAACCACAGCAGAAAACCAGGAGGCAGACGCCUUUAAUGACGCACAAAUAGAGUUAACAGGGGGAAGAACUCUUGUCCAGUGGUGUAUUCUGGUGGGAGGCUGCACUGUGUUUCUCAUCUCCAUCAUCACCUGUCUCUACUACUGCUGGAGGUUCUGCUGCAGAUUCUGCUGCAAGAGGAGGAAAGUGUACCAGGUUCACACCUGCCACUCUGACAGUGGUGCUGAAGCUGAGGAAAACACACAAGCGUCCUCUCAGAAUCAGCCCCCACCUGCAGCAGAGCCAAACCAGCCUCAGCCUCAAGCGAAGGGCUUUGACCCCUCCAGGCUGUACGCUAAGAUCAAGUUUGAUCUGCUCUAUGGCAGGAUAUGGAAGGCCUACCAGGGCAGCAGCAGGGCCUGGGCUCCUGCACCACCACAACAGGAAACCCCCCAGAAGGUGUACUCUCUCCUUGGUGAACACGGUCCUGCCCAGUUCAUGGAGACGCCUGUGGAUUCUUGCUCCAUGACACCCCAGCCUGAUCCUUCCUCACAGUUUGCUCAUGAUGCUGAUCUCCCACAAGGACUUUCCAGCCCUGUUCAGUCCUUCCCCAACCUCCAUCACAGCCCUGAGCAAACUGCAUCCCAGCCGGAGCGUCUGACCCUCCCAUUCAAGCCAGAGUUUGAGCAGGACUCGAAUCCAGACUCGAUAUCAGAGUCUGACCCUGCACAGAAGACCUAAAGGCAGCAGCACCUUGGCUUGAAUCCCCAUGCGGCACGACAAAGGAUACUUUACUAACAGUUGUUGUCAUACUUGAGCUCAUUCACUCACAUUCAGUUCCAAAACACACAGAAAACAGCUCCCAAGACUUCAGGGUUGGUAACCUGUCCCUGUGAAUGAUCUCAUUUUGCAAACCUGCAUCAGAAUGCUAUAUCAGGCUAUGAACUGACAUGAGUUUCGAAAUGAGUUAAUUUCACACUUUCAUAUCAGUGUGCACAUUCAGGAAACACCACACCACAAGGUCCAAGACAAAAAAGAGGAUGCUUUACUUUCAUUUUUUUGCUUUUCUGAUUUCCUCUGCAAAUUAAAACCAAAUGUAACGUGGUCUUGUUCUGGAGAUGCAUUGAUACCAGCAAUUCCCCUGGUGUAAUAGAGGUUAAUAAGCACCAUGGCCAUGGUCUCAUUUGUUUAUCGUGAUGAUAUUUUGAUGGAUAAAAGCACUGUAAGUAGCAUCUUUAAUGUGUAGCAAAAAUAUACUGAACUUUGAUUAUUUUAAUCAAUCCUAGUGGCAUUCUUGCUGUUGCUUUUACAAUUAAAACAUAUGGGCAAGCUCA